AGGAUUUCAGCUUGUCCAGCCCUUCUGCGACAACAGGAGCAGACAGCGAACCCGGUGGAUUUUUUUUCUUCCCUUCUUCGGCGUUUCUUUUCCAGCGCAAGGACUUCCACUCAGGAAAAAAAAACGCAAACAACUAAAAAGCAAAACAAAACCUCAGAGACCGAACACGAGAAAAAGCAAGACUAAUAAUGAACAAUCCUGUUAAUCCGCUGUCCCGAGGGCUGGGGAUGAGCCCCGGCUCGGGAAGUUGUAGGCUGUAGAAGUUCUGCCUCUCCCUCAUGUACUGUGCUGUUUAGAGCUUGUUUUUUUUCCCCCCCAACCUUUUUUUUUUUUUUUUUGGCGCUUUAUUGCUGUUACUGUUAUUAUCUUAUUUUUUCUUCUUCGUGAUGUGCUGUUAGAAACCACUCCGGGACUACUCCAGCAGUAGGAAGACCGAGGAGUGGAGUGGAUGAAUUUACCGAUGAGAGAUCCAGUAAUCCCUGGGACAAGCAUGGCUUAUCAUCCUUUUUUACCGCACCGGGCACCGGACUUUGCCAUGAGCGCCGUGCUGGGACAUCAGCCUCCCUUCUUCCCGGCUCUGGCUUUGCCUCCCAACGGGGCAGCCGCCCUCUCCCUUCCCGGGGCUCUGGCUAAACCCAUCAUGGAUCAGUUAGUGGGGGCUGCAGAGACUGGUAUUCCCUUUUCUUCCCUGGGUCACCAGGCUGCAGCCCAUCUGAGGCCUUUAAAAACUCUGGAGCCAGAAGAAGAGGUAGAAGACGAUCCGAAAGUGCAUCUGGAAGCUAAAGAGCUUUGGGAGCAAUUCCAUAAAAGAGGCACGGAGAUGGUGAUUACCAAAUCGGGAAGGAGAAUGUUUCCUCCAUUUAAAGUGAGAUGCACUGGACUGGAUAAAAAGGCCAAGUACAUUUUAUUGAUGGAUAUCGUGGCGGCUGAUGAUUGUAGGUACAAAUUCCAUAAUUCCCGGUGGAUGGUAGCCGGCAAGGCUGACCCUGAAAUGCCAAAGAGAAUGUACAUCCACCCGGACAGCCCGGCCACCGGCGAACAAUGGAUGUGCAGCGAGAGCCUAAGCCCGGCGAGCUGGAGCUUGCCGAUGGCUGGGGAAAUGCUGCUCCUGCUGACCGUGUUCUUUCCCCCCCUGCUGCCCUGUCUGCUGCCGGCCGCUGCCCCCCAGACCAUUUUAAACUCCAUGCACAAGUACCAGCCCCGCUUCCACAUCGUCCGGGCCAACGAUAUCCUCAAGCUUCCUUACAGCACGUUCAGGACCUACGUUUUCCCGGAGACCGAAUUCAUCGCAGUGACCGCAUACCAGAAUGAUAAGAUCACGCAAUUAAAAAUAGACAACAACCCUUUUGCCAAAGGUUUUCGGGACACCGGGAAUGGAAGGAGGGAAAAGAGGAAGCAGCUGACCCUGCAGUCCAUGCGGGUGUACGACGAGAGGCAGAAGAAGGAGAAUCCCACCUCGGACGAGUCGUCCAAUGAGCAGACGGCCUUCAAGUGCUUUGCCCAGUCCUCCUGUCCUGCCGUGCCUGCCGUGGGCACCUCCAGCCUCAAAGGUGAGAGCUGUGGCCCCUGGUCUCCUCUGGGAGAGCCUGGGUGCCCGCUCUGUGUGGUGGCAAAUCCUGCCCCUUCCACUGGGGCACUGGCCCGCUUUCCUUCCCUCCCUCUUGCCUUCCUUCCCACCUCUUUCCUUCUUUGCUCCUGUUUUGUCUCUUCACUCUCUUCUCUCUGUUCUUUCUCUCUUUAG